AUGCAGGGAAAUCUAAAGCAAGAUCUGUCGCACGACCCGCCUUGCCAUCCGCGUGCAUGCGCUAUUCAAGAUUGCCUGACUAAAAAUUCCUACAAGGAGGAAAGAUGCCAGGCACAGAUAGACGCUCUUUACCAGUGUUGCAACGCAUUCUAUCAGGACCGUGGCGAUCAAGCAUCGACAGUAAGCUGUCCCAAAGCACACUUGCUGCGAUUGAAGAUGAAGCAGCGAGCCCAAGUUGCUGAGAAGCAGUAA